AUGGACGCCACGGCGUGGCCUGCUCCAAGCAAGGCCCUCAUGACAUUCUUGGAUGUCAUCGAGUACUCAUCCCAGAUGACAAGGGCCGACAUUGUCGCAGGACGCAUACCUCUGACGCAGCAAGAAAUCGACAGCAUCGUCGUUCUCAACGGCAACCGCCCGCCCAUCGAAGCGUCCAGCCCCAUCAACCCUACCGACGGGCUGCCAGGGAUUGGCCCGCCGCAGCCUGGCGCUUCACCGAGCCACGGUGACGGCGAGUCGCAGCAGCCACGAUACGGCGGCCCCCCCGACGAUGACGGAGCAAGUUCAACAAACCCAUAUCCGGGCUGGACCGUGGUCUAG